AUGUAAAUUUGGUUGUUUGGUCUCUUAUAAAUUAUACCUUUUGCAUAUUCUUAAUGCACUACAAGAUAGUAUGAUGAUGGAGCAGGUGGUUGUUUAGAUUGUUUAACACAAUGCGCAACUUGUACGACAGGGACGACUUGUGAUACUUGCACAUUGAGGUAUUAUCAAUCGGGAAGUGAUUGUUUAAUUUGUGAUCCUAGCUGCAAAGAAUGCUCUGGAACUUCAAGUUAUUGUACUAAUUGCGAUACAUCCCAAAAUUUAUAUUUGGAUUAGGUAACAAAUACUUGUAUCGCAUGUGAUUCACCAAAAUACAAGGAUGGAAUAAAUUGCGUCGAUACAUGUCCUGUUUAUAUCAAUCUAGCUGAUUUCACAUGUGUGGCUUUAUGUGAUUCGAAUUGUUUGACUUGUGCAAUUUACAGUAACUCUUGUACAACUUGUGAUGCCAGCAAUUAUUUGGAUUUGACUUCAAAUUAAUGUGUGACUGCUUGUGAUAUCAACUGCUCAACAUGUCUGACAACUACAACUAAUUGUCAAUCAUGUAGCACUGGAAUGUACUUAGACAACAUAACAACUGCAUCAGGAACUUGUAAGUAAUGCAAUUCUCCAUGUUCUGUUUGUUAAUCUCCUUCAGACGUAGAAGUUUGCACUGACUGUUAAAGCACUUAUUAUCUUGAUGGAGCAUCUACCUGUUAAUUGUGUGAUCCAACUUGUUAUGAAUGUACAGGUUCAUUAUCAACAGAAUGUUCAUAAUGUGUACUAGGAAAAUAUCUAAUCACAAAUGGAUCUGAUAAAAGUUGUGAAAGUUGUGUAGCGCCUUGCGAUAAUUGCUCAUCCGAUACAAUUUGUGACAGUUGUGUUUCUCAGUAUUAUUUGAAUGGAACUGCUUGUGAUCCAUGUACAAGUCCUUGUUUUACCUGUGAAACGACUGAUACGCAUUGCUUAACGUGUGCACCAGGUGACAAUAGAGUUUUAAUUAACAAUCAAUGCAUUUGUGAUCAAAACUUCUUUGACUAAAAUAAUGGGGAUUAUGUAUGUCCUCCAUGCGAUGCUAAUUGCAAAACUUGUGUAGAUUCAGCCACGAAAUGCACUAGUUGCUAUGACAAAUUUUACUUAGAUUCAAAUGUAUGUCAGCCUUGUCAUUGGAAUUGUCUAACGUGUGUAACAACGGCUACUAAUUGUUUAUCAUGUGAUGAGGUUGUGAAUUUGAGGAUAUUUUACAACAACUAAUGUUUGUGUGUUAAUGGCUAAUACUAUUCAGACUCACAAUAAAUAUGUGCUCAAUGUGUUGAUCCAUGCUAAUAUUGCUUAAGUGGUAAGGACUCAAAUGGCGUUGAUUAUAAUGGAACACAAUGCUCCUCUUGCUAAGCCAUCUACAAUAGAAUUAUAAGUGGAACUAUUUGUGUUUGUAAGUCUGGAUAUUUCGAUGCUGGUUUCUUGGCCUGUCAGCCAUGUGCAUCAUAUUGCAUCUCAUGUCUUACAAGUGAAACGGAUUGUGAUGUUUGUAAACCCAACACUUUUAGAGACAGUACUAAAAAAUGCCAGUGUCUAGAUGGAUAUUUUGGAACAUCCACAGUAUGUCAGCCAUGUACAUCACCUUGUUUGAAUUGUGAAAUCUCAAAUACUCAUUGUCUCUCAUGUAUUACUGGAGUGAAUAGAGUGUUGAGUUCCAAUGCUUGUAUUUGUGCACCUGGAUAUUACGAAACAACUACAUCACCAAAGGUAUGUCAACCAUGCACACCUCCUUGUGCCACUUGCAAAUAUUUCCCAGAUAAAUGCUUCAGUUGUAUAGCUAAAUAUUAUUAACCAUCUGGUCAGUUAACAUGUUUACCUUGUGAUGUGCCUUGUGAGGAAUGUGCCCCCAAUGAUGGUACGAAGUGCAAAACCUGCUUAGCUGUGUAAAACAGAGAAGUGUUAAAUCAAGUAUGUGUUUGCAAAAUCGAUUAUUACCAACUUGAUAACGUUACUCCCUGUAGUUAAUGCAUAGCUCCUUGUUAUGAAUGUGAAGACAAUGGAGAUGGAACUCAAUGUGUUUCGUGUAAAGCAGGAGAUAACAGAACCGUCGAUACCAAUAAAUAAUGCAUAUGUAGUAGUAAUUACUAUUCAUAAUUAUCUUCACUCGUAUGUAAAGCUUGCAUUAGUCCAUGCUUAGAAUGUUUAGAUGAUGCACUUGCUCUACCAGCAGAUGGAACCUAAUGUGUUACUUGUUAACCAGGACUGA